UUUUACUAAUUUUAAAAAGUGUGCAGAUCUUCUUUAUAUUAGAAAACCAGCUGGUGUUAACAAUGACUUUGGUUAAUGGCAAUGCUCACCAAGCUACUAACAAUGGCGAUUUACGCAAACCCUUCAAAAUUUUCGUGGGUUAUGAUACGCGUGAAGACAUUGCCUAUGAGGUGUGCCGACAUUCAAUCUUGAAACGCUCUUCGAUUCCCCUCGAGAUCACCCCUAUGGUUCAGUCAGAUCUACGAGAGAAAGGCCUUUACUGGCGUGAACGCAACAAUCUCGAGAGCACCGAGUUCUCCUUCUCGCGCUUCCUCACCCCCUACUUGUCCAAUUACGACGGUUGGGCACUGUUCAUCGAUUGCGAUUUCCUUUAUUUAGCUGACAUAAAGGAGUUAACAGAGUUGAUUGAUGAUAAAUACGCCAUCAUGUGCGUUCAUCACGAUUAUUCCCCAAAAGAGACGGUGAAAAUGGACGGUGCGGUGCAGACUAUGUACCCUCGGAAGAAUUGGUCAUCCAUGGUGUUGUACAACUGCGGCCAUCCCAAGAACAAGGGCCUGACACCGGAGGUUGUUAACAAUCAAACCGGUGCUUUUCUUCAUAGGUUCCAGUGGGUGGAAGAUGAUGAAAUUGGGUCCAUCCCGUUUGUCUGGAAUUUCCUGGAAGGGCAUAACAAGAUGGUCGAGAGUGAGCCCACAACGUUCCCUAAAGCUAUACAUUAUACUCGUGGAGGGCCAUGGUUUGAUGCAUGGAAGAAUUGCGAGUUUGCAGAUCUUUGGCUCAACGAGAUGCAAGACUACAUCGAAGAAAAGAAGUUGAAUGCAAGUUAAUC